AUGGCGGGUGCAGAGGAUCUCAUCAAUUUCGACGUUAUUGAGACGCAGAAGGAGAACAUUCAGUCGCUACCAGGAGGCCGUUCCGCUCGAGCUUUGGCCUCAAUAUUUUCACCACCGCCGCAAGGAAAGCAGUCGAACACAAAUCCCUCAGAUACCCGAAGUAUCAAUGAUUCGAUACGAGAAGAAUUCGAACAAGAACUUCUGUUGAUAGCAGAGUCGGACGACCCGCUAGAUAUCUACGAUCGCUAUGUCAAAUGGACCUUGGACGCAUAUCCGUCCGCACAAGCAACACCACAGUCUCAGCUAUUGCCGCUGCUGGAGCGUGCUACAAAGGCUUUUCUUGCAUCUCCGCACUACAAGAAUGAUCCGCGCUACCUGAAGCUCUGGCUGCAUUACAUUCGCCUAUUUUCAGAUUCGCCGCGGGAAACGUUUGCGUUUUUGGCUCGCCACGGCAUUGGAGAAAGCCUUGCACUAUUUUAUGAAGAAUUUGCUGCUUGGCUAGAACGUGCUGGGCGGUGGACGCAGGCAGAGGAAGUCUUUACGCUCGGCAUUGAACGUGAGGCUAGGCCAGCCGAGAGACUUUUGCGCAAGUUUGGAGAAUUUCAGCGCCGGUUCGAGUCUCGGCCCCAAAACGACAACGAGCCGUCAUCACCAGCCUUACCGACUGUUCGGCCAGCAUUGGCAGCGAAGAUAGACCCUUUUGCUUCUACAGCUCCUGGGCCAGUAGAUCCACAGGCGGGUCAACCGCCAGCAUUAUCCAGCGGUAGUUCGCGACCAAAGGCUAGCCGACAGAAAAUGACAAUUUUCUCAGAUGGUGAUGCACCUGCCCCAGUGACAUCUGAAGUCGGAGCAAAGGGUUGGGAGAACAUUGGGACAUUGGCGCACCGGAAGAAGGAGAAUGUCAUGGAGCCACGGCCGUGGGCUGGAGAGACGCUGAAAGCAGGUCGAAGGAACCCUGGAGUUCCCAAAAUGCCCAUAUUCAGAGACGAGUCGGAAUCUCAAGCGCAAUUACAUACACAGAAUGUUUUGCCACCAGCACCAAGCAGUCAGCAGGAGACGAUUAACCCAAGGACAGGGAAGAUUGAAAGGGUAUUUGUGAAUUUAGAGGCUGUAUAUCCGAACCGAGACGAUCCCGCGGAAGAGUACUGUUUUGAUGAGCUGAGGGCACUUCAUCGGGGCUGGCUUUCUGUUGACUGGAGGGCUGAAAACCUGAAGCUGGCGGAACAAGAAAUGCAUGAGGCAGAGCAAGAAAUGCGUGAAGCGGAGCAAAAUCAAACAGUCAGUGAAGCUGACCUUGCACCAAUCGAAGAACCCGAGCCUCCGGCUUCUGUAGAGAAGGAGAAUAUUGAGGUGUUCCGGGAUAUUGGGGCCCAGGAAGAGCAAGAUGAGAGAAUCCAGCAAGAGAGCCACAAACCCAAGGUUUUGGAGGUGAAAGGCGAGACUCAAACAAUCCGAACGAAUCUUGAUUCACCUACAAAGUCUAAACCGAAGCGAAAGGUCAAUGCAGAGCCAACCAUGACAUUGCAUACCAAAGCUGCCACGGAUGAGAUAUACAGCAUGUUCAACCAACCGCUGAAAUCAGCAAAAGUUGACGAAGAAGAGGAUAAUAGUGCUGACGAUACGAGUGAUGGUGACGACGACGAUGACGAUUACACUAGUGCUGGGGAAAGCACCUUUACCGGCAGGACGUUUACUCGCAGUGAAGCGGGAGAUGACGAUCACGACGAUGAGGAGGACAACAAUGAUGCGGAGAGCAAUGCUGACAAUGAAAGCGAUGGUGAAGAUGCUACUGCAUGGUCCGAUUUCACAGCUAGCAAGCAUGUCCCGAUGACGAAUGAAGAAGAAGCUUCUGAACAAGAUGAGAAUGGCGAUGAAGAAGCCAGAAGUGAGCCAGAUUCGGUGAGAGAAGAUGACACGAAUGAUAGUAUUGGGCUUGCUACACCACGACAAGCAGAGGGACAGAACAACAAGUUUGUUCCUCUGCCGCCGGCGGGGUAUGAACAUCCAGUGGGCUCGUACCGCGAUGUUGCCCAGCUGCCGCAGAACCGCUUACCAUUCAUGACGCCUAUAGUUGAGAAGACGGAGUCAUCCAUUGCACCUGUCACCGUCAAGGAGGAGAAGGAUUAUUUCAAUUCAAAGACACCCUCGAAGAAUGCUGUUGCGGAAGAAUCUAUCGCUGACGUCGAAGAAGAUCUUUUGGGCAGUCCGAUCGAGGAGAAGAUUGGAAAAUUGGAGGUGGACGAUGCAAAGAUCCCACAGCCGGACCUUCCAAGACCAGCAAAAAAGACAACAGACAAUGUUGGUUCAAAGCGUGGUAACUUGAUGCGAAGCGCGGCGCCGGCCAAUGAAGAGAUUCCCAAAGGACCAAUAAUCAAUGACACGCUCUGCAAUCCUAUUGACGACCAUAUCCGAAAGACUGUCUUCGAGCACUUGCGGCCGCCUCUCUCCUCCUACGACGGGUUCAGCGAGAGUGACGAGAAGAAUGGAAAGGGAUCCGAGAUUCGAAAAUUCAUCAAGGCCCAGGGAAAGACGACCAAGGGCAACAGCGACAAGACCAGCUCAAGCCAAUUAACGGGGCCUGUACUCCAAUUUGAGGGCUCCGAACGAGAAUACACUGUCAAGCGCGAGCUCGGUCAAGGAGCAUUUGCACCGGUAUACCUGGCCCAAGCCAGUUCUCCAGAAGAUGACGACGAUCAACAAGACGAAAACGGACCCGCCGUGAUGGGCAAAGGCAAGUUUGGAAUCGAACGACGUCAACUCGAAGCCAUCAAGAUGGAAGACCCGCCAUCCGCAUGGGAGUUCUACAUUAUGCGACAAGCCAAGCGCCGACUGGGCGUGUCUCGGGCCGCAGAAUCCGUUGUGCACGCCUACGAAAUGCACUUGUUUGCCGACGAAGGCUAUCUCGUCGAGGAAUACAGAGACCAAGGCACUCUUCUCGACCUCGUCAACCUCGCCAAAGCCGACGCCCCCGCCGGCGGCGUCAUGGACGAAGCCGUCGUCAUGUUCUUCACCGUCGAGCUCCUCCGCACCGUCGAAGGCCUGCACGAGCGGGGCAUCCUGCACGGCGACCUCAAAGCCGACAACUGCCUCGUGCGCUUCGACCCUGUCCAGGGCCCUAGUUCCUCCAGUUCCUCUUAUACUGGCGUUGCUACUGGUUCCGGUUCUAGUUCCAGCUCCGGUUCCAGCUCCGCCGGCGAAUGGACACCCCACUACAACCGCGACGGCACAGGCGGCUGGAACGCCAAAGGUCUCGCGCUCAUCGAUUUCGGCCGCGGCAUCGACAUGAAAGUCUUCCCGCCCGACGUGCAGUUCGUCGCCGACUGGAAAGCGGGACCCCAGGACUGCGCCGAGAUGCGCGACAUGCGGCCCUGGACGUACCAGAUUGACUACCACGGCAUCGCGGGCGUGGUGCAUUCCAUGCUCUUUGGCAAAUACAUCGAUACCCUUGCCGCCCCCGAGCAGCGCGGCGUCUCCCUCGGCUCGGGCGCAACCCGCACCUACCGUCUCCGCGAGCCGUUUAAGCGCUAUUGGAAUACAGAGAUCUGGACCGCCUUGUUCGAUCUCCUCCUGAAUCCCCUCCAUCAUGUCCAGGCAGAGGAGGGUGCGAAAUUGCCCGUCCUCAGGGGCAUGCGUGGAGUGCGCGCCCAGAUGGAGGACUGGUUGGAGGCGAAUGCGGAAAGGGGGAUCGGGCUGAAGAAUCAUCUGAGGCGGUUGGAGGAGAAGUGUCGUGAGCGGAGGCGUUGA